CUAAGACGGAGCCGGAUCAGCAGGAGUUAUGGGCAUGGGCAGUCAUACGACGCUCAAUAGCGGAGCAAUCAGUACACUCGGAAUGGGAAGCAUGAGUAAUCUCAUUAAUAGAGCAGGUUCAUUUCUCUAAAGGUGGCACAACAGAGAUGCUAUAGCUGAGAUAUUAGGAGCACCAGAUGGCUCAUUGUCUUUGUCAUUCCUCUAGUGAAGAUACACAUUGGUGGUAUACUUGGCGG